CACUCUCUCAAUCCAACGGCCAUAAUUCCCCGGGAAUCCCGAACCAUAUCUACCCAAAACACAUUACGCAACAAAAACCCCACACUCUCACUCACUCAGUCUCCACUGAACACCCAGAAAAAUGGCCUCGAUUGCCCUCAAAUCCUUCACCGGUCUCCGCCGUUCCACGUCGGAACCUCCUCACUUCACCGCCCAGCCACUCCCACUUCCACGUCAGUUACAACGCUUCAGAGUCUCGGCCAGUAGAACCAGCCCCAAGCUCUCCAACCGCAACCUCCGCGUGGCAGUCAUCGGGGGCGGGCCCGCAGGUGGAUCCGCCGCCGAAACCCUUGCGAAGAAUGGCAUCGAGACAUACCUGAUUGAGCGUAAGCUCGACAACUGUAAGCCCUGUGGUGGGGCCAUCCCAUUGUGCAUGGUGGGGGAGUUUGACCUGCCGUUGGACAUCAUUGACCGGAAAGUUACCAAGAUGAAGAUGAUAUCGCCCUCCAACAUUGCAGUGGAUAUUGGGCGGACGUUGAAGCCGCACGAGUACAUUGGCAUGGUGAGGAGGGAGGUUUUGGACGCGUAUUUGAGAGAGAGGGCGGAGAAGAACGGGGCGAGUGUUAUAAAUGGAUUGUUUUUGAAGAUGGAUUUGCCCAAGAACAACGAGGAGCCGUACGUUUUGUACUUUACUGAGUAUGAUAAUAAGAAGGGUGGGAUGGGCGAGAAGAGAAAGUUGGAAGUUGAUGCUGUCAUUGGAGCUGAUGGUGCUAAUUCCAGGGUCGCUAAAUCUAUCAAUGCUGGUGAUUAUGAUUACGCCAUUGCAUUUCAGGAAAGAGUGAGGAUCUCUGAUGAGAAGAUGAUAUACUAUGAGAAUUUGGCUGAGAUGUAUGUUGGGGAUGAUGUGUCACCCGACUUCUAUGGUUGGGUUUUUCCCAAAUGUGAUCAUGUGGCAGUUGGUACAGGCACAGUGACACACAAGGGUGACAUCAAGAAGUUCCAACUAGCGACUAGGAACCGAGCCAAGGACAAGAUCCUUGGAGGAAAGAUCAUAAGAGUGGAGGCGCAUCCGAUCCCUGAGCACCCCAGGCCACGGAGGUUAUCAGGGAGAGUGGCAUUGGUCGGGGAUGCAGCUGGGUAUGUGACAAAAUGCUCCGGUGAAGGCAUCUACUUUGCGGCGAAGAGUGGGAGAUUGUGCGCUGAGGCCAUUGUUGAAGGGUCAGAGCAGGGUAAGAGAAUGAUAGAUGAAGGAGACUUGAGGAAGUACUUGGAGAAAUGGGAUAAAACAUAUUGGCCAACAUAUAAGGUGUUGGAUGUGUUGCAGAAAGUGUUUUACAGAUCAAAUCCGGCAAGGGAAGCGUUUGUUGAGAUGUGUGCAGAUGAGUAUGUGCAGAAGAUGACAUUUGAUAGCUAUUUGUACAAGAGGGUGGUGCCUGGGAACCCACUGGAAGAUUUGAAGUUGGCUGUGAAUACAAUUGGGAGCUUGGUGAGAGCUAAUGCAUUAAGGAAGGAGAUGGAGAAACUCUGAGUAUGAGAAUAGAAAUUGAUUUUAUGCUAUGUUGUUGAUUCCACAACUUAAUUAUUGUUGUAAAAGCUUAAGUAGUUUCAUGGCUCAGGCCUAUAUCUACUUGCUUCAAUUAUAUAAUUAAUAGGGAAACUUUAUUUAUUAUGUGUUUA